ACUACUUUGACAACGUAUAUUUAAUGUACUAAUUAUAAUUAUAUUGUUUAUAGUUGGUUUUUAAAAUACACUUUACAUUGAUAAUUAUAUAUUGUUAGAGUUUUUAGUGUCUUGUGACUUAAGUGAUUUAAUUCAAAGUUCAGUGAUUGAUAUACGUGUUUGCAAGAUUUAUGUUUUAAUGUCUCUAUAUUAAUCGUAUUUAUAAUUUAUAAAGUGGUUUUAUUGAAUUAAUAUUAUUGUGUUUAGUGUAAUAAUAUUGUUUGUUAAACCUUGUGUUUUCUGCGUUGAGAGUCUCUACAUUGUUGUAGUUCUCACAUUAUUGUACAAUCGCGAAUGAUGCAGACAAAACACAGACAGAUCUAAUCAGAGUGGGUUAUUGGAAUGGGCGCGCUGACUGAAAUGUGAUUGUAAUCUCCAAUUUAAGGCGGCAAAUCGCCAUGCCUCAUCCGGUCAACGCACCCGGCUUACUACCCACCACCAGCUGCAUCCACCGCCUGCUGAAAUCCCUAGUUCUUUCCGUCCUCUUGUUAACUCCUGCUACGCUAUGUUCAGACCUAGGACACGGAAGACAUGUGAAACACUCGCACCAUCACCGAUCCUCGGUCGAUGCCAUUUAUUCCGUUACAAAUGACGCUGGACCAGGCGGAUGGAUCUCAAGAGGACCCCAAUCGACGAUAGCACCAGCGGGGGAUGAGGUCAUGUUCGAAUGCGAGCUUAGCCUGACGGCGGAAAGACUGACCUGGUUGCACCAGCCUGAAGGAGGUAAUCGGUCGGAAAGCGAUUACAAGGAGCUUAAUGAGCAUGCUGAUUUUGAUAAAGAUGGAUACCAAAUGUCAUUCCAUGGAAUGGUCGGCUCUCUACGAGUUCUUGCAGACCCUCAUCUUCCAACCGGUUCUGGAAAAUUUCGUUGUUCGGUGCGAUUUGGACCUCUGUCACUGGUUUCAACACCAGCCCGGUUAGAACUGGCUGCCCUGGAUGACUUUCGACUGGACGCGGAAUGGAUCGCUUCUCAAAGAGAUAGUGAUGGUCUUAGGUUAAGGGCUCCAGUAGGCAGCAGAGUUAUGAUGAGAUGUCCAGAGGUUAAGUCAAGUCCUCAGGCUGUUAUACAAUUUUAUAAGUUCAAUAGACCACUUGCUCCAAAUGUGCCGCAAUUACCAUCUGGUGCAGUUGUUUUGGAGUCUGUAGCAAUAUCAGACUCGGGUCGGUACACCUGUUCGGCCCUUAAUGAAAUAAAUGAUGAAGUCGCAGCGACAACUCUUGCAUUUAGUCUUCAGGUAUACAGGCCCGAGCAAAGAGAACCGCCAAGAUUUCUGCAACCUCUGCGGUCCUUAUACACUGUCGCAGCAGGAACUCGAGUUCUUCUGGAAUGUGUCGGUGUCGGUGAACCUCAACCAAGUGUUCAAUGGUCUAAGCAGGGUGCAAUUAUUGGACAAGCUGAUAACAGUAAAGAUGGUACUCAUCACCAAAGAAAUGAUAACAAAUAUACUGGAUUAGAUCCCAUUCAAAUUGGAAAUGGAAAAUAUAGAUCAUCUUCGGAUCUUUAUGAGACUUCCGAUCAAAUGAUGGGUAAUGGCGCGGACGGAAGGACUUUCAACAUGCCGCGAAUUCUAAUUACUGAAUAUGGAUUAUUAAUUGAAAAUGCUACACUUCAAGAUACUGGGUUAUAUGAAUGCGCUUUGAUAGAUCCAUCAAGAAGAUACCCGCCUGUCAAACAACAGAUUCGACUAGACGUUGAAUCGGCACCGGAGUUUCCUGAGAGCUCAUUAAUCCCAAACUCUCAACCACAAUUUAAUUUAUCUCUUUUUGCCGAGGAAGGAUCUCGCAUUGAUUUACAUUGUUCAGCUUUUGGCGUACCGCCUCCGAAGAUCUAUUGGAUGCUAAAUGCUAGACCAGCUGAAACCGAACCAGGGGUCACUGUGGAAAAGGGUUGGAUGAUUAUAGACCCUGUAUCCAGAGCACAUGCUGGUGCUGUGCAAUGCUUCGCAUCGAACAAAGUUGGUGAGCGUUAUCGCGCUGGUGUGUUAAGAGUUUCUGUUGCUGAAGUCACUGGUGAAGCGGAAACUGAUAAUAAGAACGCAGAAGGAAUAAAUGGAACUAUAGGGAAGAUGGGUCAUAGACAAUAUGCAGAACCAUCUGAUGGAAAAAGUCUUCCACAUCAUAGGAUGGCGGAUGAUAGACAUCAGGGUGGCAAUCGAUCAAGUGGUACCCCAAAGAAAGGACAUCGCGGCAAAGAAGGCCGUGGAAGAGGCAGGGGUCGUGAUAAGAAACGAAACAAGAAUGUUAUGAUUCCUCCAUCAAGACCAAAUGUUACCCGACUUACAGAUGAAUCUGUAAUGGUUCGGUGGUCAGUGCCAGACAACGAUGGACUUGAAAUUUAUUUUUUCAAGGUGCAAUAUAGGGAUUUAACAGCAUCUUCGCAAACCCAUCAACGAACCCAUCCGCGCAAAGGAUGGAUAACAACUAAUGACGAAAUACCACCGCACAUAAGAAGCUAUGAAGUUAAUAACCUUGAACCUGAUCAUGUUUAUAGGUUUCACAUAGCAGCUGUAUAUUCAAAUAAUGAUAAUAUGCAAGGACCAAAUUCAGAAAAAUUCCAUUGCAACGUGGUGAAUUUCUUGGUAAGAGAUUGCUACCUGCCCCGAUACUAAUACGAACUGAAACUUUGGGACCCACCGUCAUACAAAUUCAUUGGCAGUAUAUUCCAGACCCAACACGACCAGCUGAUGGAUUUUACUUAUACUUCCGUCCAGCUUCAACAGCUGGAGAAUAUGUCAAAGAAACUGUAGACGGCGAGAGGUCUCGGGUUCAUCGCAUCGAACAUUUAACUCCUG